AUGCCAGGUCAAAAUCCACGAUUUGCACAACUAUAUGUUUAUGACACUGAGAAUGAAAUUGAAAACAGAAUGCAUGGAUUCAGGUCAAAAAGUGGAGUUGAUGUUAAUAUUGUGAGAAAACUAUCUGAAAUGUUAUAUGAACAUAAUGUUCAUGCACAAUCAUUUCGCAUGGCAAGGGACAGGCUUUGUGAAGAAGGUGUUUCUGAUUUAAAACUUCGUUUAAUAUCUGAACGAAGAAAUGAUGGAAGGAUAUAUAAUCAACCAACUGUAUCCGAAGUAGCUGCUUUAAUUGUUGGAGAUGUCGACACUGCAGAAAAAAGAGACAUUAUAGGUGAUCGGAUUCAGGUCCUUAUUCGUCAUGACCAUUUACUGAAAUGGAAAGAGGUCAUUAAGGAGAAUAUGACCUGCAUUAUAAACAAUGGCAGUGUCUAUAACAAUGAUUUUCAGUGGAAGGCAAUCGAACUUCAAAAUAUUCCACCUAAAGGAUAUUUCUUUAAAGAUUUUGGUGAGAUACUUCAAGGCAAAUGCAAAACCGAUAGACUGGAAGGUUGCCUACUAAUGAACAGAAGGAGAAGCCUACUCAAUCUGCAAAAUCUCUUUCUAAUUAGUCUGGUGGUUCUCAGUAUUCGCCACAAGAUUAAAUUGAAGAUUGGGACCCCUAUUAUGUUGCUUCGAAACAUUGAUCAACCUGAAGGUCUCUGCAAUGGAACAAGGCUUAUAGUUACAAGAUUGGCAAACCACGUUAUCGAGGCAAAGAUUAUAUCUGGAAAGAAUAUUGGAGGGGUUAUCUAUAUUCCAAGAAUGGAUAUGACUCCAACACAAUCUCCGUGGCCAUUCAAAAUGACUAGAAUGCAAUUUCCCAUAACUAUAUGUUAUGCUAUGACAAUUAACAAAUCUCAAGGUCAGUCAUUGGAUUAUGUUGGAUUGUAUUUGCCUAGAAGUGUAUUUAGUCAUGGUCAACUAUAUGUUGCAAUAUCAAGGGUCAAAAGCAAAAAAGGGCUUAAGAUAUUAAUCCAUGACAAGGAUAACCAUCCAUUGAAUUCUACAACAAACGUCGUGUUCAAAGAAGUUUUUUAA